AUGGGCCUUCUAGACUUUCCAACAGAGGCGCAGCUUGCAAUAGCUGAAUUACUACCCCUAUGCGACUUGUCCGCCUUAUCCAUGACUAGCAAGGGCUUGCGUCAUGUUGUCGAACCUCGCAUCUACUCAUCAAUCAAGAUGAAAUGGACACUGCAAGAUCACCCACCCAUCAUGUUACUCCUACGAACCAUCCUCAAAAGACCAGACUUAGGAGGCCACAUUCGACGCCUGGAACUUGACGGUGAAGGGUUUCUUUUACCUUCAAGGCAGUGGAUACCUCAGAAUCCCGCUGCACUACCGAAUAUCGUUCAUCUCCAGGUCGAAGACCUCUAUAGGGUCGCUAAUUCCGCAGGAGCGGAAGAAAAUACCAGUUCUUGGGUCCAUGAAGCCCAAUCUGGGUCGCCUAAUGCCGUUGUAGCAUUUCUUUUAAGUCUAUCACCAAACUUGCAAUGGCUUUCCCUUUCUUGCAACUGGACCAACGAAAUCAAAUACAUCGGACUUGUAUUCAGAUCAGCCCUCUGCAAGACUGCCAUGGACGACCUUUCGCCACAAUUACCUACCUAUGACUUACUGAAACACGUCGAGUUCGCCCCCAGGGUCGAUACAGAAAACUUUCCGGGCCCAGAGAACACGCUGGAGGCCUUGAGUCUAUUUUACUUGCCCAAUCUCGAACACCUGACAGUCUGCAUUGAUAACCCGAUCGAGUUUUCUUGGCCAUGUUCGGCCCCGCCGAACCCGCUAUUGCUGACUUCCCUUGAGUUGGAUCGGAUAAGGGAAACCCGCCUUGAGCCAUUGUUGUCUGCUCUUAAAAACCUGCGGAAGUUACAAUACAACUGGUUCUUCCAGGCUGAUAUGGACCCCAAAGUCAGUAACAGCGUAGUCAGGUUGGAUACAAUGGCGACAGCAUUGGCGGUACUCAAGGACACACUAACCGAGUUGACCAUCACGGGAGAAACACAGCCGGCGUUGUCUUUGUCGGAAUACGAUCCACCUGACGUCACCUUUCAAGGCUCGUUGGGCCAGCUUUCCCAGCUGCACAGGCUUAAACGAAUGCAUAUUCCGUGGGUGUUUGUGAUGGGCAUGAGCGACCCUUCUCCUGGUCGGAUCGGCUCCAUACUCCCGCCUAGUCUCGAAUGUCUCCGACUUCCGGCGUAUGUGUGGUGCACCGAUGACAACGAGUGGCAUGAUGAACUGAUCUUUGCUGCCGUCAAGUCGGAGCUGGAGAGCGGAGGAUUGUCUGGAAUGGAACAUUUGAAAAGGAUUACCCUCCCUGGCUCCUACCACAUGAAUGAAGAGGAGAACCCGGGAACUAGGAACCAGUGA